GACCGCGGGUUGGAGUCCAGGCGAGGAGGCAAUGGGCUCCCUGUCGGACAGCAUUUUGGAGACCUCGGAGACACUCACGGAGACCAACGGGCGCCUCACGUGGUCGCUCUUCUCGCUGUCGCUGCUCGUGUCGCUCGGCUCCUCCGCGCUCUACGGCUACAACCUGGCCGUCGUGAACGCGCCGGCCGAGUACAUCAAGACGUUCUACAACUCGAGCUGGGCUGGCCGCUACGGCGCCUCGCUCGGCGCGGAGGGCCUCACGCUCCUCUACUCCCUCACUGUCUCCGUGUUCGCCAUCGGGGGUCUCACGGGGUCCUGCCUCGUGGGGUUCCUCUGCUCGCGGCUCGGCAGGAAGGGCACGCUGGCCUACAGCUCGCUCCUCGUCUUCCUGGCCGGGGCCCUCAUGGCUGCGAGCAGCGCAGCUCACUCCUUCGAGAUCCUCAUCCUGGGCCGCCUCGUCACGGGGGUCCACUCGGGAAUCGCUCUGAGCGUGGUCCCCAUGUACCUCGGCGAGGUCGCCCCCAAGAACCUGCGCGGCUCCAUGGGGCUCGUCCCCUCCAUCUUCAUCUGCUUGGGGGUCUUCCUCGCGCAGUUCUUCGGCCUCAGGGAGGUCCUCGGCAAGGAGGAGUCGUGGCCGCUGGUCCUGAGCCUCAUCAUGGUACCCGCCUUCAUCCAGGCCAUGCUGCUGCCCUGGUUCCCAGAGAGUCCCCGAUACCUCCUCAUCGACUGCAGGGACCCCGUGUCCGCCAGGCGAGCGCUCGUGCGACUGCGCGGCACGCCCGACGUGCAGGCGGAGAUGCAGGAGAUGCGCACCGAGCAGCAGUCGCUGCUGGGCGUGCGCUGCGUGAGCGCAUGGGGCCUCCUGCACGACCGCUCGCUCCGCUGGCAGCUGCUGUCCGUGGCGGUCAUCAACCUGGGCAUGCAGCUGUCGGGCAUCGACGCGAUCUGGUUUUACACGAACUCCAUCUUUGCGAGCGCGGGGAUCGGCGAGCUGAACUUGUCCUACGUGACGGUGGGGACGGGCGGCAUCGAGAUCCUCGCCGGGGUGCUGGGGGGUCUCACGAUCGAGCGGCUGGGCAGACGGAAGUUGCUCAUUGGGGGGUUCGUGCUCAUGGGGCUCUGCUCGGCAGGGAUCACCUUCUCCCUGCUGCUCGAGGACACGGUGUCGUGGAUGCCGUACGUGAGCGUGGCGUGCGUGGCGGGCAUCAUCGGCGGAUUCUGUAUUGGACCAGCGGGGAUCCCGUUCAUCAUCACGGCGGAGCUGUUCAGGCAGUCGCACCGCCCGGCCGCCUACAUCGUGGGGGGCUCCCUCAACUGGGUGUCCAACUUCACCGUGGGCUUCGUCUUCCCCUUCCUGCAGGAGAGCGCGGGCCCCUACUGCUACCUGGUGUUCGCUACCGUGUGCAUCCUCACGGCCAUCUACGUCUACCUGGUGAUUCCCGAGACGCGCAACAGGACGUUUUUGGAGAUCACCGAGAUGUUUGGGCGAAGGAGCCAGGCUGAGGGUGAAGGGGCGACCGGGUUACCCAAGUGGCUCCACGCCAUCCGACUCCGCCGCCUCUCCUCCAAGGCCCCGCCGCUCGGCUACGGGGCCCUGUAUGACAGCCUGAGCAUGUGAAGGCACGAGAGGGACAGCAUGUGUGCGAAAUAUCUUGAGUAAGAGAGACAGUAUGUACGUGAAACAGCAUGAGAGCAUUUCAACCUUUUAUGGGCGGUGCGGUGUGGGGGCGGAGUGCACACAGGCUGAGGCAUAGAUACUGUGCAGGAGAAAUGCCGAAUGUAGGCGGGAAAUGCUAGCGCCACAUUGCAUUGACAAAACACCACAACACAACACGAAACAAACUCCUUGCGUACACAACUCACACUGAUGCAAUAACAAACUUUAGAACCAAUGCAUCCGAUUGAAGGAUGGACUAAUUGGGGUCCCAUGCCUUCACCACAGCUCAGGAUCAGGUCUCCACGAUGUCUGUAAUUAAUGCGCUGGGUCAACUCACGGAACGCAUGCAUGACAGUGCAACAUGUCCACCUGUUGCGAAUGCUGUUUUAACAACAGCCUCGUGGCAAUAACGCACAUGGGUUUGUAAAGUCCCAAUAUCCAUGAGAGCCGAAUGACAUAGACAAGGUCAUUUCACCACCACCGUAUAUUAAAACAACGGUGAGUGUUUACGGGGCGAUUUGUUCCAGUAGCAUUCGCCAGGCGUCGUCGUGCUUCUAAUACCCACAAUACAUGAAGACAGUACAUACCGACCGCAUACUGUGGGUGAUAAAAAUAAUCAACAGUUCUAAGGAAUCAUCAUCGUCAGCCAUGGUGUAUCCAAUGCUGGAUAGAAAGCUGCCCUCCAUCUUCGCCACCCCUCGUCUGUCGUGCGAUGCCACAACCCAUCUCGCUUCUGCAUCCCAGGCUCAUCUCGGAGCUCCGUGUCCGCGGUGGGCAUCCUCCCGGGAGUGAUUCCCUUCUUUGGCUGAACUUCUAUCACCAGCAAUCGUCGAUUCAAGCAAAAUGUCUCUGGCCAAGUCAGCAAAUGUUAACGGUCAAUGUGAUGUCUCUAGCGUGCAUUGUUCUCUGAUUUGUGUUCCUCUUUCCAGUAUGCAACUCGCCAUGCUUUCUUGUGUUCUUUUAAAGAAUUUGUUUUUAUUUCUUUUGACAAUGUUUGUUUCUCGUCCGUAUUAUCACGCCAGAUCAUUUUACACUCAUUAGAAACUUCCGCAAGGCACACCUGGCCUCCUGGGGAACAUGCCAACGUGGACCCAAUGUUCCACGUUCACUGGUCUA